AUGAGGCUCUUCCGCAGACACCACAUGCCCCUGCGCCUGGUCAUGGUGGGCAGCGCCUUUGUGCUCUUCCUCUUCAUCCUGCAAAGGGACGUGAGCAACAGGGAGCAAGCCACAGAGAAGCCAUGGCUGAGGUCCCUGGUGAGCCAGAAAGAUCAUGUCCUGGACCUCAUGCUGGGGGCCAUGAACAACAUCAGGGAUUCGAUGCCCAAACUUCAGAUCAAAGCUCCAGAGCCCCAGGAGACCAUGAUGUCCACAAACCAAUCCUGCCUUCCUGGGUUCUAUGCCCCUGCUGAGCUGAAGCCCUUCUGGGAACGGCCACUGCAGGACCCCAGCAGUCCUGGGGCAGAUGGAAAAGCAUUUCAGAAGAGUACCUGGACCCCUCAAGAGACCCAGGAAAAAGAGGAGGGCUAUAAGAAGCACUGCUUCAAUGCCUUUGCCAGUGACCGGAUUUCCCUGCAGAGGGCGCUGGGGCCAGAUACCCGACCACCCGAGUGUGUGGACCAGAAGUUCCGUCGCUGUCCUCGACUACUCACCACCAGCGUCAUCAUUGUGUUCCACAACGAGGCCUGGUCCACGCUGCUGCGAACAGUGUACAGUGUCCUACACACCGCCCCUGCCAUCUUCCUGAAGGAGAUCAUACUGGUAGAUGAUGCCAGCACUGAAGAGUACUUAAAGGAGCAACUGGACCAAUAUGUGAAGCAGCUGCUGAUUGUGAGGGUGGUGCGGCAGCAGGAGCGGAAGGGGUUAAUCACUGCCCGGCUGCUUGGGGCCAGCGUGGCCCAGGCAGAGGUGCUCACCUUUCUGGAUGCCCACUGUGAAUGCUUCCAUGGCUGGCUGGAGCCCCUGCUGGCUCGCAUCGCUGAAGAUGAGACAGCAGUGGUAAGCCCAGACAUCGUCACCAUUGACCUGAACACUUUCGAGUUCUCCAAGCCUGUCCAGAGGGGCAGAGUCCAUAGCCGAGGCAACUUUGACUGGAGCUUGACCUUCGGCUGGGAAACUCUCCCUCCACAUGAGAAGCAGAGGCGCAAGGAUGAGACCUACCCCAUCAAAUCCCCGACGUUUGCUGGUGGCCUCUUCUCCAUCUCCAAGUCCUACUUUGAGCACAUCGGUACCUAUGAUAAUCAGAUGGAGAUCUGGGGAGGGGAGAACGUGGAAAUGUCCUUCCGGGUGUGGCAGUGUGGGGGCCAGCUGGAGAUCAUCCCCUGCUCUGUGGUAGGCCACGUGUUCCGUACCAAGAGCCCGCACACCUUCCCCAAGGGCAUCAGUGUCAUUGCCCGCAAUCAAGUGCGCUUGGCUGAGGUCUGGAUGGAUGACUACAAGGAGAUUUUCUAUCGGAGAAACCUGCAGGCAGCAAAAAUGGCUCAAGAGAAAUCAUUCGGUGACAUUUCGGAACGUCUGAAGCUGAGGGAACAACUGCAUUGUUGCAACUUUUCCUGGUUCCUACACAAUAUCUACCCAGAGAUGUUUGUCCCUGACUUGAAGCCUACCUUCUAUGGAGCCAUCAAGAGCCUUGGUACCAAUCAAUGCCUGGAUGUGGGGGAGAACAACCUUGGCGGGAAGCCCCUCAUCAUGUACGCCUGCCACGGCCUCGGUGGCAACCAGUACUUUGAGUACACAACCCAGAGGGACCUUCGCCACAAUAUCGCAAAGCAGCUGUGUCUACAUGCCAGCUCUGGCACUCUGGGCCUUAGAAGAUGUAACUUCACUGGCAAAAAUAGCCAGGUCCCCAAGGACGAAGAAUGGGAAUUGACCCAGGAUCAGCUCAUCAGGAACUCAGGAUCUGGUACCUGCCUGAUAUCCCAGGACAAGCACCCAGCCAUGGCCCCCUGUAACCCCAGUGAUCCCCUGCAGCACUGGCUCUUCAUCUAAGCCUCAGUCACCCCCAGUGGAGCCUCCACAACCUCUCAGGAAUUGGGAUUGCUGAUGUCUGGGAACCCAAUCAUCAGUGCCUCUGUGGCCUUUAAGAUGGGUUU